ACAUAAACCUGACCAGCAGGGCGAGCUGACGCUCCAGGUCCCUGUCUGAUAGAAAAAGGGAAGAAGAAGAGACCGGUCAAAAGGAGCGUAGAGCAAGACACGACGAAGAAGAGAAAACAGCCGCGGUAGUCUUCUCCAGUGAGUCACAUGGAAGGUGAGUUGCUGACCUCAUCAAACAGGAAGAGCUCUGCUGCAACAGGAAUUGAGAGGAAGACCAGAGACAAUGCAGCUGAUUGGUUCAACCUAAUGGUCAGGUGGGAGCGGCUGAAUGAGGAGGGCUUCACUGCCGCGACCAACAUCAUCAACCUGAGACGUUCUCUGAGUGAUCAGCUGCUGGUGGGGAGAUCUUCAUGGUCUCCAUCAGCUGGACCAGAGGACACUGACAGAGCUGCAGCACUACAAGAAGAAUGCUACACACUGCAGGAAGUCAUCAACAAAAUGGCCGCCAUGGUGAUGAAAAUGGACCGCCUGAUGACGUCACAGCGAGCCGUUCAGGAACUGGAUGAGUUUCAUUUUGGUCCUGAAGGCAGGACUUUUCCUCUAUGUCACAGCUGGACCACCAGACAGUUUGAGGAGUGCGCUUGCUUCCUGCUGGACGCCUUCCAUCAGGAGCUGGAGCUGAAGCGGACAGUCCUGCAGGAAGUGGCCCACGCCCCCCCGGAGCUGGGCAUGCUCUACCUGUCCUGCUGGCUGCACCAGCCCUACGUCCCCCCCCAGGCCCGACUGACACUGGAGGCGCUGCUGCUGGAGACCGGACACCACCCUCUCUGAGUCAUGUGACCAGCAUGAAUGUGGCUGUGAAUGUGAUUUUUGUUAAAUGAUGUCAAGAUAAUAUUGUUCAUCUGAGUUACAUAUAUGUACAGCGGAUAUAAAAAGUCUACACACCCCUGUUCAAAUCCCAGGUUUGUCAAACAAUAGAGCCAGGCAAACGUCUGCUCUCACACUUUUGUAUGAACAAUUUUUGCUCUUGUCAUUGUAAGAUAUUUUGAAGAGAUUAAAUUAAGUUUAUCAAAAGUGGUGAA